AUGAUUCGUUUCACAUUCACUCGGUUAGGACCAAAGUUCAACUACGUCCCACUCAUACCCAAGGUAGGCCAUAAGGAUACUAGAUACCGUCUCCUGACUAAAGACUACGUGUCUGUCUUGAAACCUGGUAAUGGAUUGCCUGAUAUCCUUAAAGUAGAGCCGCAGGCUAUUAGCUUACUGACUUCCACGGCAUUUGACGACAUCGAGCACCUACUACGAUCCUCGCAUUUGGCGUGCCUGCGCAGAAUUUUCGACGACCCAGAGGCAAGUGACAACGAUCGCUUCGUCGCCUUGCAAUUGCUCAAGAACGCGUGCAUUUCCGCGGGACGUAUUCUACCAGGCUGCCAGGAUACGGGCACUGCCAUCAUCGCGGGGUACCGCGGCGAACAGGUCUACGUUCCAGGUGAUGACGAGGAGGCGAUUAGCCGCGGUGUCUUCGAUAUAUUCCAACAACGUAAUUUACGAUUCAGCCAAGUCGUCCCUACCGGAAUGUUCGACGAGAAGAAUACCGGCACUAACCUCCCUGCCCAGAUCGAUUUAUAUGCGACCAAGGGCAUGGAGUACUCCUUUUUAUUCGUCGCCAAGGGCGGUGGCUCGGCGAACAAGAGCUUUCUUCUACAGGAAACCAAGUCUGUGCUAAACCCCAAGUCUCUGCGCAAAUUCCUGCAGGAGAAGCUCGCCCUGUUCGGCACCUCGGCCUGCCCUCCUUACCACGUUUCCGUGGUGAUUGGUGGGACCAGUGCCGAGACCACGCUGAAAAUGGUGAAGUACGCCUCCUGCCACUACUACGACGACCUCCCGGUGAAGCCGGACCUCACGACGGGCUAUACCUACCGCGAUCUCGCGAUGGAGAAAGAGGUGAUGGAGAUCUGCCGGCAGAUGGGAAUGGGGGCGCAGUUUGGGGGAAAGUAUUACGCCCAUGACGCGCGGGUGAUUCGAAUGCCACGGCAUGGGGCGUCCUGCCCGAUUGGCAUCGGCGUCUCCUGCAGUGCCGACCGCCAGGUCUUGGGGAAGAUCAACCGGGAGGGCGUCUGGCUGGAGCAGCUGGAGGUGGACCCCGCGAAGUACCUCCCCGGGGUCACCGAGAAGGAGCUGCUGCAGACCCCACCCGUCGAGAUCGACCUGAAUCAGCCGAUGAAGGAGGUCCUCGCGAUGCUCUCGCGGUACCCUGUCAAAACUCGGCUCAGCCUCACGGGAACGAUUGUCGUCGCGCGGGAUAUGGCGCACGCCAGGAUUCGCGAACUCCUGGAGGCGGGGAAGCCGAUGCCGUCGUACAUGAAAGACUACCCGGUCUACUACGCUGGCCCUGCAAAAAAGCCGGAAGGGGUGGCGUCGGGGUCUUUUGGGCCGACCACUGCGGGGCGGAUGGACAUCUUUGUAGAGCUCUUUCAAUCCCACGGCGCCUCCAUGAUCAUGCUCGCGAAGGGGAACCGGAGUGCGAUGGUGACGGAGGCCUGCAAGAAGUAUGGCGGCUUUUACUUGGGGAGUAUUGGUGGCCCCGCUGCGGUGCUCGCUCAGGAUUGCAUUAAAAAGGUAGAAGUAUUGGAUAUGGAAGAGCUAGGGAUGGAGGCGGUUUGGAAGAUCGAGGUGGAGAAUUUUCCAGCUUUCAUCAUUGUAGAUGAUAAAGGAAACGACUUUUUUGCACCGCCUAGGAAGAGACGAUAG